AUGGCGGACCAAAAGGUGGGAGAGGAGAAGCUUGAGAAGUUGAAGCAAGCUGUAGCCACCGGAGGACUUGAAGAAGAAGCAGAAAAACCUGUGAAAACUAAGACUGGUUCUUCCAGUAAUGGAGGGGAAAGUUCCAGUUCCAGUGCUGAGAAGCGAUCAGCUGAAGAAGAAGCUGCAGACCUCCCAACAAAACCUACAAAGUUCUCCAAGUUUGGAUUUGCAAUAGGUAGUCAGACAUCAAAGAAAGCAUCAGCUAUAUCCAUCAAUCUUGGAUCAAGUAAGCCUAAAGAAACUGUUCCAGGGGCUGAAACUGUUCCAAAUCUUGUUCCCAAAACCCUUUCAGUAGCAGCAGCUUUUAAUGAAGAUGAAGACAGUGAACCAGAGGAAAUGCCUCCAGAAGCAAAGAUGAGGAUGAAGAAUAUUGGAAGGGAUACACCAACAUCAGCCAGACCAAACUCUUUCAAUAAAGGGAAGCAUGGGUUUCUGAUAACCAGAAGCUAUGGGAAUGAAAUAUAA